GCCCAGUUCACAGGCUCGGCCUUCGGGUCCGCCGCCAUCUGGCAGUAUGAGUCGCUCAAGUCGCGGGUCCAGACCUAUUUUGAGGAAGCUCGAGCGGACUGGCUGGAUAAAAUACGGCCGCAGAAGAGGGGGGACUUCCGAAAGCAGGUUAACAGCUGGUGGAAUAACCUGACUGAGGGUCAGCGGACUGUGACAGGUAUUAUAGCUGCAAAUGUCUUUGUAUUCUGUUUAUGGAGGCUGCCUGGUAUGCGACGGAUUAUGUUUACAUAUUUCACCUCAGAUCCAUCAUCCAGAGCCCUGUGUUCUCCCAUGCUGCUCUCUACAUUCAGUCACUUCUCUCUGUUCCACAUGGCAGCAAAUAUGUAUGUCUUAUGGAGUUUUUCCAGCAGCAUUGUCUCUCUUCUGGGAUGUGAGCAGUUCAUUGCAGUGUAUCUUUCCGCUGGGGUUAUCUCCACUUUUGUCAGUUACGUUGCUAAAAUGGCCACUGGAAGGUUUGAACCAUCCCUUGGAGCUUCAGGAGCUAUAAUGACUGUCCUUGCAGCCGUAUGUACAAAGAUGCCAGAAGCAAAACUAGCCAUCAUAUUUCUUCCAAUGUUCACAUUUACAGCCGGAAACGCUUUAAAAGCCAUAAUUGCAUUUGACACUGCAGGGCUUGCUCUAGGCUGGAGACUUUUUGACCAUGCUGCACACCUUGGGGGAGCACUCUUUGGAAUGUGGUAUGUGACUUAUGGCCAUGAGCUCAUAUGGAAGAACAGAGAGCCAUUGGUGAAAGCUUGGCAUGAAAUGAGGACAAAGAACACAGGAAAAGGAGGAGGUGGAAGGUCUAACUGAUUCUAAUCCUAGAGAUUCCUUGUGCCCAAGUGGUAUAUUACUUGAAGACAUGGGAUUGAAUUGGUUUUGAAGGUUUUUUUGCUACUCCAUGCUAAGCCUCUAAGGAGCUGAGGUUUCCAAUAUAAACUACAGUUACAAAAAUGCAUAUCGAUAGAAAACGAACUCUGACAAAGGUGGAACAAUAAAGGUUUUUAUCCUAUUGCGCUCUGAGGUAACAGUCUGCAUUACCUUUUUUUUAAAGGAGGAAUAAAAAAAGCUUUCCAAU